AUGGAUCAGACAUUCUGGGAUGGUAUGAGUGGCUUCUUUGACAAGCUUAUGGCUAGGUGCAACAAUGAGUAUCCUACUAUUGAGUUCUAUCAGAAGAAGACAACAUCACCAAUACGCAUACAAAGUCCAAUCAAUCGAAUGCUAAUGGAAUGGGUGACGAAUGACAUCGUGCUUCCACCAACAUUGACUCAUCUGAUUGUUAUCUUUAACAGCAUGGUUGGCAUGGAUGCCGGCCAUCCACCCAUUGACCUGUCAUUACCUCAAUCAUCACUCCAAGAUCUAAUGAUUAUCAGUGUGAACCCUCGACCAAUGAUGGACAGCAUUAUACAGCCCAGGUCACUUACAAAGCUACUUGUUGUCAGCUCGUUAGUUCAGACCUUACCACAGGACUUUCCACCAAGCCUCACUGAUCUGACCUUGUCCACAACGAUCAAUGAAACCAUCCAUCAUCAACCUUUGAUCAAGUUACAAGUGGAGACAUUCCCAAAGCCUCCCAAAGUGCCCUACCCCAACCUCGUCCAGCUCAUAUUCAAAUCAAUGAGCUACAAGAUAUUGCAACACAUCACAUCAGACUUGUUUCCAGUGUUGGAGAAGUUGGUCUGUGGCGAAGUGGAUGGCUCACCCGACACCAAAUCAGUCGACUUGUCCAGACUUCCAGCGUCACUCAAACAAUUGGACCUCACACCUCAAAGUGGUCUUCAAGUUGUCCAACAUGUUGACAAAGUCAUGGCCAAUUCAAUCAAACAUCAAUUCACUUGA